UUCUAACACAGGAGGAGGCAAUUCCCACGGAGCCAUGGAUUACUAAAAAAACCAAACGACGGAAACAAAGGAAACGAGGUAAACGAUCUGGGAUCUUAAUCAAGCUAAGAACUCGCACUAAAACUCCUCUGCCUUCAAUUUUCCUAACAAAUAUACGCUCACUUGCAAAUAAGAUGGAUGAAAUACUCCUCUUAAACAAAUACUAUUCUGAUUUUCGCAAUUCAGCAGUCCUAUGCUUCUCUGAAACCUGGUUAAAUGAAUCAAUUGAAAAUAGCAGCCUGAACUUUCCAGGAUUUCAAAUUGAACGAUCAGACAGGAUUCCAGAAACAUCUGGUAAAAAGAAAGGAGGAGGCUUAUGCCUAUAUAUUAAUUCAACCUGGUGUCAAGAUUUUAACAUAAUUUACAAAUUCUGUGACAACAAUUUAGAGACUCUAAUUAUCAACUGCAAACCUUACUAUUCGCCUCGUGAAUUUUCCUCAUUUCUUCUAAUUGCUGUUUAUGUCCCACCACAAGCCUGUGUAAACGAGGCAUUACGAACUCUAGCUGACCAAAUCAUGGAGGCUGAAGCCAAACACCCUGAUUCACUGGCCAUUGUUUUGGGAGAUCUAAACAAGGCAAACUUAAGGAAAGAACUACCAAAAUACUUUCAGCAUGUCAAUUGUCCCACCAGAGGCAAGAAUACUCUAGACCACUGCUACACAACACUAAAAGAUGCCUAUCGGUCUUUACCACGUGCAGCUGUAGGACACUCUGAUCAUUGCAUGAUUCACCUUGUACCUGCUUACAGGCAAAGACUUAAAGCCAUAAAACCAAUAAUUAAAUCAGUGAAAACCUGGACGGAGGAAUCAGAAUUAAAGCUACAGGCAUGUUUUGACUGCACUGAUUGGAAUAUUUUUAAAGAUACCUCUGCAGACCUGGAUGAACUCACAGAUACUGUAACAUCAUAUGUCAGCUUCUGUGAAGACCUAUGUGUACCUACAAGGAACUUGCGAAUACACAGUAAUAACAAACCUUGGUUUACACCUAAACUUAAGCAGCUACGACAUUCCAAAGAGGAAGCCUACAGAAAAGGUGAUAAAAUGCUGUACAAUCAGGCCAGAAAUGCACUAACAAGGGAGAUAAGAGCAGCAAAAAGAAGCUACUCUGAAAAGCUAAAGAAUCAAUUUUCAGCAAAUGAACCAGCAAACAUGUGGAAAACUCUUAAAAAUAUCACCGGCUAUGGCAAACCUCCUUCCCAGGCUGAAGGUAAUCAACAACUGGCAGAUGACCUGAAUGAGUUUUACUGCAGGUUUGAAAGGAAACUACAGCCACCUAUCUCCACAACCCCCAUCUCAGACACACCAACAACAGCCAAGCCUCCUACAACUGACCCCAUUUCAUUGGGUUCACAACCCCUAGUGAUCACAGAAAAGGAAGUGCAGGACCUAUUUCACAGACAAAAGCCAGGAAAAGCUCCAGGCCCAGACAAGAUAACUCCUUCUUGCUUAAAAGUUUGUGCUGACCAAUUGGCCCCCAUCUUCACCCAUAUUUUCAAUAAAUCACUAGAGAUGUGCUAUGUUCCUUCUUGCUUCAAACGCUCUACCAUCAUCCCAGUGCCGAAGAAGCCCACCAUCAAGGAACUGAAUGACUACAGACCAGUUGCUCUAACAUCUGUAGUAAUGAAAACCUUUGAAAGGCUAGUGCUUUCCUACCUGAAAUCCAUCACGGAUCCGCUGUUAGACCCCUUGCAAUUUGCAUACCGAGCAAAUAGAUCAACAGAUGAUGCUGUUAAUAUGGCUCUGCACUACAUCCUACAACAUCUUGAGUCUCCAAAGACCUAUGCAAGGGUCCUUUUUGUAGACUUUAGUUCAGCAUUCAAUACCAUCAUUCCAGACAUUCUUCUAACUAAGCUAAACCAGUUCAAGUACCGGAACAGACUUGUAAGUGGAUCACAAGCUUCCUAACAAACAGGAAGCAGCAGGUGAAGCUAAGCAAGAUCACAUCAAAUACCUGUACAAUUAGCACAGGGGCCCCCCAAGGCUGUGUGCUCUCCCCACUUCUCUCUGUAUACCAAUGACUGCAUCUCCAAUGAUCCAUCAGUUAAGCUACUGAAGUUCGCAGAUGACACAACAGUGAUUGGUCUCAUUCGAGACAAUGACGAAUCCGCAUAUAGACGAGAGGUCGAACGACUAGCCUUGUGGUGCAACCAAAACAAUCUGGAACUGAACACACUCAAAACCGUAGAAAUGGUGGUAGACUUUAGGAAAAACCCUUCCAUACUUCCACCUUUCACAAUACUUGACAACACAGUAUCAACAGUAGAAACCUUCAAAUUUCUGGGUUCUAUCAUAUCGCAAGAUCUCAAAUGGACAGCUAACAUCAAAAACAUCAUUAAAAAAGGACAACAAAGAAUAUUCUUUCUGCGCCAACU